AUGAAAGCGACAAAACGACCACGGUCAAUCAGUGCGACACCGCCACAGACCAGCCAGCUGAGUGAGAAACCAAGGCACGAAAGAGUAUCCUUCGAAGAUGCCCUUACCUCAGUUGAGGUUGCUGUGUUACACACGGGCUCCCCGGAGGUGAAAAUGAGUACUGAAAGGCUCACAGAAGUCCAGGACUCAAUCUCCGAGGCUCUGUAUCAAAUCCCCGUAGAGAGACCUCAAGUGAGAUUCGCAAAAUGCACUCAUAAACCGGGAUACUUGGGGGAUGACUUACCUGCAACCUACGCCUGCACUACCUUCAUCCCUGAUGAAAGAGGGCAGAAGACAGAGGCGGAAAAAAUUCUGCACCGGCUCAAAGUCGCAAAUCAUGGGCUAAACACGCACCUCUGGACGGUUUGGGGCAAAACUCCUGCGGCCAAAGGUCAAACUUGGGUCUUCUUCAUGGACAAACAGUCACUGGAAGAACUUGUGAACUUGACAUGUCUCCCUACUCCAAUCUAG